ACUGACGCCGGCUGGGGCCGCUGAUCCGGUCCCCGCCGCCCCGGGCGCGCGCGGCCAGGCCGGGAGUGCGCGGCGCGCGGAGCGGGCUGCGGGGACCCACCGCGGGGCGGGGGGCCGCCGGACGGGGCGGGGGGGCGAGGAGCGCCGCCGGGCGACAGGGCCCCUCCCUCGGGGCGGCCUCCGCGAGGCAGCGAGGCUGGAUGACAGCAGGCGCCCCGCGGACAGGACAGACGUGCGCGUGGCCUGCGGCCUUUCCGGGGGCCCGGCGCCUCCGCUGCUGCCCUGGUGCCGGUCCGGGGGCCCCGCCGGGUUCGGAUCGCUUGGGAGCACCCUCGGAAACGGCACGAGUUCGCCAGCGCACUCCUGCAGGGGACAGUCCACGCGAUUCCCAGCCUGCGUCGGCCACAGUAAGUCCCCGGAGAAGAGGAAGACCUGUGACGUCCCUGGGGAGUUUGUGACGUCCAUGGAGGGUCACGUGCAGCCUCCGUCGCUGAGGCCCUGCAGGCCGUGAGGGGCGGGGUGUCCAGUCCCUGUGCACCCUGGACGCCGCCGCCCAGCCCCGAUGCACCCCAGCACCCCCAUCAGCUCCCUCUUCUCCUUCACCAGCCCGGCCGUGAAGAGGCUGCUGGGCUGGAAGCAAGGAGAUGAGGAGGAGAAGUGGGCGGAGAAGGCGGUGGACUCGCUGGUGAAGAAGCUGAAGAAGAAGAAGGGGGCCAUGGACGAGCUGGAGCGGGCCCUCAGCUGCCCAGGCCAGCCCAGCAAGUGCGUGACCAUCCCGCGGUCCCUGGACGGGCGGCUGCAGGUGUCCCACCGCAAGGGCCUGCCACACGUCAUCUACUGCCGCGUGUGGCGCUGGCCCGACCUGCAGUCGCACCACGAGCUGAAGGCGCUGGAGUGCUGCGAGUUCCCCUUCGGCUCCAAGCAGAAGGAGGUGUGCAUCAACCCCUACCACUACCGCCGCGUGGAGACGCCCGUGCUGCCGCCCGUGCUGGUGCCCAGGCACAGCGAGUACAACCCGCAGCUGAGCCUGCUCGCCCGGUUCCGCAGCGCCUCCCUGCACAGCGAGCCCCUGCUGCCGCACAACGCCACCUACCCCGACUCCUUCCAGCAGCCGCCCUGCGCCGCGGCGCCGCCCUCGCCGGGGCCGCCGUUCCCGCCGUCCCCGUGCGCGGCCAGCUACCCGCAGUCCCCCGGGAGCCCCUCGGAGCCCGACAGCCCCUACGCGCACUCAGACUUCCGGCCCGUCUGCUACGAGGAGCCGCAGCACUGGUGCUCCGUCGCCUACUACGAGCUGAACAACCGCGUCGGGGAGACGUUCCAGGCCGCCUCCCGGAGCGUGCUCAUCGACGGGUUCACCGACCCCUCCCACAGCCGCAGCCGCUUCUGCCUCGGCCUGCUCUCCAAUGUGAACAGGAACUCCACCAUCGAGAACACCCGGAGGCACAUAGGAAAGGGUGUGCACUUGUACUACGUCGGGGGCGAGGUCUACGCGGAGUGCGUGAGCGACAGCAGCAUCUUCGUCCAGAGCCGGAACUGCAACUACCAGCACGGCUUCCACCCAGCCACCGUCUGCAAGAUCCCCAGCGGCUGCAGCCUCAAGAUCUUCAACAACCAGCUCUUCGCCCAGCUGCUCGCUCAGUCGGUCCACCACGGGUUUGAGGUCGUCUACGAGUUAACGAAGAUGUGCACCAUCCGCAUGAGCUUUGUGAAGGGUUGGGGCGCCGAGUACCACCGCCAGGACGUCACCAGCACGCCCUGCUGGGUCGAGAUCCACCUCCACGGGCCGCUGCAGUGGCUGGACAAGGUGCUGACCCAGAUGGGCUCGCCCCAUAACCCCAUCUCCUCGGUGUCCUAGUGGGCGGCCCCCACCGCGCUCCCGCGGAGCAGGGCAGGAGCUGCUGGAGGCCGGGGCUGCCGUCGGCCCCGACCGGCGACUGGCGAGGGCCCGAGGACGCGUGUAAAUAGACACACGAUGUACACCGUUCACCGACUUCACCGCCGAUCGCCUCAGGCGCCCGCGAACCGGGCGCCAGCACAGCGCGGCUGGAGACGGGGUUCCUCCCUCCGGCGACGCCGGGGUUUGCGCUCCCGGCGCAACACAGCGUGCGGGCGGCCAGAGAGACACGGAGACCGUCUCCGCAGCGAGAGCCGGGUCCUGGCAGCGCCAGAGCAGGUGACCCUUUCAGACAAAAUCAAGUAAGCUCAUAUCGUUUAAAUGCUCUCCCUUUUAGCGCCAUUAGCAGGAGAAAAAGUCAAGCUACUGCGGUCAGUUCCACGAGACAAGCCACGCACGCUUUACUCCUGAGGGCGAAAUGCUUAGAGCUGGACAAUGGUGCCGACCCCAACGACUCAUUUUAAACCAGCGUAAACUGGGACUGGGAAAGACAGAGACUGUGAAGUGGGGUCAUGUUGCCCCCGAUCUACCACCGAGAAAACAAGCGAAGAGUCCAGUGUGCCCAGGUGAACACGGAAGCAGCAGGAAAGGAGCUCUCUUCCCACACUGCAAGGUGAGACCCGCCGGCCUGGGUCCCGGAGCCGCCCCGGGAGCUGCCUGCAGCUUCGGGUCCGCACGGGGCGCGCGCGGCGGGUGGGGGUCCUGCGUGAGGACGAAGCCGGGGAAGCCGGAGGCGGGGGGUGGACAGAAGCGCCGUACGUUCCUCCCACCUUCUCACAUUGCGGCAUGGCCAGUCCUCGGCGAGGGUCCGCCCUUGGCCAUAGGUUCCUCGCCUGUUAGCAAAUGUUAACUACUUCCAGGUCACUCAAGCGAUGGCAAAGACUUUGGAGGCAAUCAAGGCACAUGGCUGGGAUCCAAUUUAUGAAUUAUUUAACUCAGUGUCUCUGUAGGAUAAAUGAUCUACUGCUCACGUCUGGUAGCCUCCUCGUAUAAAGCUCACGGCUCAUACCGGGAAAUCACUUCCCAAGUAAAGUGAUAAUACUUUUAUAACCUCUGUAAUUUCUGGGGAACAGUGGUACUGAAUAGUAGGACAUUUUAAAAAUGCACGCUAUGAAAAACAUGUUCCUAUUUGCCCUUGGACUGUCAGGUGGAACUGUCCCCAAGUUUCUAGGUACUCUCGUGUAGGCAUAUGUAUUAUAGGUCCUGCCCAUUAAACACUGCGUUGCUUGGGACACUAUUUCACACCCUCUUAGAAAUGUGCAAUUUAAGAAGGUAACGUGCCAGUAACAGGUGGUACUUCCGCAAUCCAAGAGGUCUCUUCCCUUACGCAUCGUGUCUCACCUCGGCCCGGCGUUAGUGUGCACAGCAGUUGCUUCUCGCUCCCUCGUAUUCCAGGUAGAAACGAUCGUGUGAAAAGAUACUAUGAGUACUAGUCCGUGUUACCCGCUAGCAGCUUUCCUCUAGGCGAUAGGAAAUUGUGCAUUUCACAGGAAGACUGGGCGGCCCAUGUGGUGCUUAGAAAGCCCCGAAGUUCAUCGGUUCAUCCGCUGUGGACGGCGCGCCUCUGUGCGCCAGGUACGGCGUGAGGGGCCGUGGAAUCAGAUGCCAACGGGGGGCAGCCCCCGCCGCUGGGGGCUCGGAGUCCGAUGGCGACUCUCUGGGUGGGGACGUCUCCGUGUUUCAGAGCUGGCAAAGCAAACAAAAUACGCCCUCUUUCUUUAGCUUAAAAAGUGUACGUGAUGUCUUAAUUACCGCUGAUUUGAAACUUGCUCCCCUCCGCUUCCGAGCAAGCAGGUCACGGGCGGAGCCUUCCUCGGUAGGGGCCCCUGUCCUUCCGUGUCCCAGCGCUGUCCUCCUCUGGCCCGUGCUCCUACGUCCCCGUGACCUUCCGUGCCCCCGGUCCUUGGAAGGGGCUUGACCGUGGUGAGGAGUCCUCCGACGAGGGCCGCCCCGUGGCAGCGCGGCAGGUGCGGUGGCGUUUGGUCCGGAGAGCGACCCCGGCCCUCUUGGCGGAAAGUAUCCUCUGCUGAUGGUACCUUUACAGAAUUCACCAGGACUGGCUGCUUACAAAUGGCAUUUUAAAAACUCUGAUUUUCACACAGCUUUGGGACACCGGGACAAAAUAUUCCAGCGAACUUGAGUUUUAGGUGUUGGAAAAGUAAACGAUUAAAACGGUACACGGGCCUCGCGGUCGGCUGCGUCCCCCCAGAAGCCUGUACAGGGGUCCGGGCGAAGGUCCGAGGGUUCAGAGUGGACGGCAGUUAGUCCUCAGCCACUGUAACACAGUCACAUUGUAAUCAGCCUUUUUUUUUUUAUUAUCAUUAUUACUAUUUUUACUGGUAAAAGUGGUCAGAAGCUGUAACGCACUCUUUGAUUUUAGACUUAGAAAUGGGCUCAUUCGCAUUCAUUCCUUGAAGGAGACAAUCCAGAAAAAUGUCAUUGGCCCUUUUCUAGGGCAGCCAGCCAGGUGGCCUCAGGCGAAGCCAGUCCACGCCUCCACGGCGCGGACCGUGCUCAGGGCGCCGUGGGCGCGCGUGUGCAGCAGCGAAUGAAGGCGCUCGGCCACGAGACCCAGGGCGUUCAUCCUGAGGUUCCAGCCUGGUUUGGUUUGUUUUUCCUUGUUUAAAAAAGAGAGAGAGAGAGAGAGGUGAAAACUACUAGGUAGGGGGUAUUGUAACACCCACCAGUGCUCUGGAACUAUAAAGGUGUCACUGUUUAACACACUGACUUUGUUUUAUUUUUUUACACUCAGUAUAAGUCAGAAAAAAACUGGGCCGCAGUGUAGCAUUUAGAAUCCCGUUUCAUUGUCUUCUAAGGAACUGAAUACCCCAAACAACAACACAAUCAUUUUAUAAGUAUCACUUGCUAGACUUUACACGUACCUGCUUGACUUCAGUGUGUCCUGAAUAUCUGGUAUGUAUAUUUAGUAAAUAAAGCAAAAUAUACUACGCAUUCCAAAUUUCGUCUUUCCCUGUUAGGAUUUAACAGCCAAACUGUAUGACAAGACUGGGGGGUUCUGGCAUAUGUUAAGGAUACGUUCAAUUUAAUGUUAAAAAAACAAGCUAUGGUCCUUCUUUUGAGUCACGUUUUUGAUUGUAAUAUCUAGGUUUCAACUAUCCUUCAAAUGUGCACUUGUACUGUUACCUGAUUGUUUAUAAUAAAGAAUCCCGCACCUGCGUGCCGCGGCUCACCUUCCCUGUCCCACCGUCCAUGGGUCCUUAGGAUGGUUUUAAACUGCCUCACUGUGAAAACGCAAUGCUUUGAAAGUCCAAUACGCUACAGGCAAUGGUUUUUAAAAGUGUAACUUCUGGGGAUGGUCGGCAUUACAUACAGAAGCUGAAGAUACUUGGCCA